AGAGAAGUCCUCUUCUUCUUCCCGCUCCCCAGGCAAGCAGUCUACGCUCUCCCUGGGCACAUGGCCUAAAGUCUUAGACCUCGGUCUGUUCUCGUCAUCGUCAUCCUCGGCACUCUUUUUUUUUUCUUUUUUUAGUUAUACUUCAGCGAGGGAGGAGGAACGGCGCGCGAGCGGUAUAGACUCCAAAAUAGAGAGAGAGUGAGAGUAGCAAACAAACAAACAAGGCCAGAAAUGGUCGCCCCCUUUCAUUUCCUCCCGUCCUCGGUGCGCUCUCUCGGCCGCCGGUGCGAUGGGGUGGUGCCGACGCGCCGUGACAUCACGCCAGGGACGACGACGACGAACCCUACCGCGAGCGACGACGACGGGUGGUUCGCCCAAAGCCUUUGGCCGCCAGUGGCUGCGCGCGUGCGUCGUCCACACUGCAGUAGCGGCGGGCGCAGAAGCAGCAGCACCGUGUAGUUCGCGCGCGCGAGCGCCGCUGUUCCACGAGCCGCUGCAGCGCAGCACGGGCAGCAGCAGCUCCGGCCGUCUUAUUUUUGGAGGCCGCGCAGAGCCCGCGCUUUCUUUCUCUCGGAGGGCUGCCGCACCGAUGGCUGCGGCGGCGGCGGCGGCGGCGGCAGCGGCGUGGCACAGCCCACAACAACAGCGACGGGCCGAAAGAGAAAGCCUGCGCUCCCGCCGCAGGUUUUAAGGGCCGCGCCAGCGAGCCGGCCGGGGAGGAAGUCUCUUCGCCACACCGUCCCGUUCCGUGGAGGAGCCCGGGUGCAGUGUGGCCGGCUCCGUCGCCACAGCCACUGCUGUGUACUAGGAGGCGUCGUCGUAUAGCCAGUCUCUUGUAGCCAGGAGGGUGCGAUCGCUCACCUUGCCCGAUUCCUACGAUAGCCGGCUCGUUCGUCCAGAAAGAGUGACUCCACACGUGGCGACUCGGCCGGAAGCGGAAGUACUACUGCAGACGGCGAACGUUGUUUCUUCGACGGUGAACGCCGAUGGAACUCCUAUAGGGCCCGUGCAGGACGUGUUCUGGCGGAAGAGAUGGGAUGCAGUGGUGUUUCCGUGAAGAGAGUUAGCAUGUUUCGAGAAGCGACGUCUCAGUAAGGCGUGCUCUUCACGCUUAGGAGACCUUCAGCUCAUACAAGUAUCCCUGCGCCUAGACUGGUGUCCACAAACUCUCAGCCCACUUGAAGCUCAAGUGGCGCGCCGACGAGCACGAGUGGGUUGCAGCUGAGCCGAAGCCAUCUGCCUCGCCCGGCGAAGCCGGCGUCCUCGUGGACCACGUGCUUUCGGGGCUGCCGUCAUGCGGCAACGCGUUCGAUCGCCGUCGUGGGACGCCCACGGCACAGCCCACGUCCAAGCGCUUGGCGGAUUGCAACACCGAUGAAGAACGCCUUUCUAGAGCGGAACUGUUCGCUCAACCCAACGCGCCGCUUGUCUUAUACUGCACUGGAAGCCGGAAGUCGAACUUCAAGACUCACCGAACUUACGAUUGUCGUCCCCACGCGCCAUCAAAGAUGACAUAACAUGCCAUCCCCGAGCGUAUGAGUGCCCAAGUGAGUGUUUCGUUGUGCCGUGAUCAUGUUCGCAUCUCCCGCGUCAUCAUGACGAGUCGACCGCCGGACCAAUCAAGAGUGCCGAACAGGUUCGAUUGCCGCCUGCCCCUCCGCCGUCUUCAGCCCGCGCCUUUCGACCGUGAGGUGGCCGCACGGUGCAGUGGCCGUCGUUAUGAGUGUUUCCAGGAGACGAGUCGGUGAUCGCCGCGAAUCCUGGUCGGCACCGGGACGGCCCGCAGGGAGCCCGGCGCCGCUCGAUCGGGCAGCUCCAGGAUGCGGGAGCCACGCCGGUCGUCGUCGCGAUGCUCCAAGUGCCGCUACUACUGCCGCGCCGGCACCACCUCGCUCAUGUCCCACUUCGGGCUGUGCAGCCUGGUGGUCGGCUACUGCGUGAUGGGCGCGUUCCUCUUCGAGUACCUCGAGGCCACCAACGAGCGCAACAAGCGGCUCGAGAUGAUGCGCUGGCGCUCCAACCUGGCCGACGCGCUGUGGGAGCUGACGGCCGAGGCGCCGCUCCUGGACCAGGCCAACUGGACCGGCGAGGCCGUGGCCAGGCUGCGCCGCUUCGAGGUCACCCUCGUGCAAGCGGUGCGCAAGGAAGGCUACGACGGCAAGGAGGACGCCCAGCUGCAGUGGUCCUUCACCGGGGCCCUGCUCUAUUCGAUCAUCGUCAUCACCACCAUUGGGUACGGCAACAUCGCGCCCAAGACGCCCCAGGGCAAGGUGGUGACCAUCUUGUACGCCAUCGUGGGCAUUCCCCUAAUGCUGCUGUGCCUGUCGAACAUAGGCGACGCCAUGGCCCAGAGCUUCAAGUUCUCCUACCGCUACAUAUGCUGCUCCAUUUGUCACCGGAAGGCUGUGCAAAGGGCUAAAGGACGUUACGCGCGCAAACAUUUCCACCAUGAACAGCAGCAACGCUACCAGCAGCAAUUCCAAAUGCAGCCCCGGUCCGUGGGCCGCAACAUGGGUCAGGGCGCCGGCGCAGGUCACGGCUCGUCACUGGCGGCGCCUCCCAGCUACAAAGAGCUGUCCGCGUGCCGUCCGGCGCGAGGUGGCGGUGGAUACGCCCCGUCGUCGCGCUUGCCUCCGGGAUCGGCGGCGGGCCGGAGGCAAGCCGACAUCGAGGCCGCUCGAGUUCCCGUCAUCAGCAACAAGUACGCGCUCACAGAGGACGCCGGCGGCCCUGCCCCAGCCCACGACUACAGGACACCGCCCGCCAGGACAGGACGGCGUGCCUGGCGCGACGACGGUGGCGAGCUGGCAGACGACGAGUCGGUGAACGCGCUCGAGGACGACGACGACGACGUGGGCGACGAAGAAGAGGACGAGGUCGUAGGUUCGGUGCCCAUCUGGCUGUGCUGCGCCAUCGUCGUCGGCUACAUCUGCGGUGGCGCGUGGCUCUUCUACUCGUGGGAAGGCUGGGGCUACCUGGACAGCGCCUACUUCUGUUUCGUCACGCUGACCACCAUCGGCUUCGGCGACCUGGUCCCGGGCACGGCACUCUCAGACGACCAGACUGUGACGCUGGCGGUGUGCGCCGUGUACCUGCUGUUUGGCAUGGCGCUUCUCGCCAUGUCUUUCAACCUGGUGCAAGAAGAAGUGACGCGCUCUGUCAAGUGCGUUGGCCGUAGGCUGGGAAUAAUUUCGGACAGGGAUGACGACCGGUGAUUUUUGGCUGCGAGGAGCACGCUAGAGCAGCAGAAGACACGAACCAUACAUUCGCGACGCCAACCAGACGCGAACCAAUAGGUAGUGUUUGAUUUUUGGCUGCGAGGAACACGCUAGAGCAGCCGAAGACGCGAACCACACAUUCGCGACGCUAGCAGACGCACACGGGAAUAGGUAGUGUUUACAAAACGGUGGACACGGUGUCAUCAGUCGCUUCACGUCAUCAGUUGCUUCCGAUGCCGGUGGUACGGCAAUGCAUGACUUUCAAAUUGGUCUCCGUUACUCUGAGUGGGCCGUCGCUGGGGUUGCGAUGUGGACACCAACUACUGCAACGACUACUAUAUCACAUGUGACUCAGAGUGGACAGUGCACCGCAGGCAAGUAAGGAAGAGUAGUCUCGCAACAAACUGAGUUCGAAUGGGUAAAGCUUCUCAUAUAACGUCGUCCAGCAAUUCUGAACGACGCGAUAACGAAAAGAACGGAUCCAGUGCUUUUAUGAAGCCAAACGAGCGAUGAGAAAUUUUACGUGUACCUUAAAAAGAAAGUCACCGUCUGACCUAAUAAGGUAUAGAGUUGUCCGCUUGUCUACAGUCAUUUGAAACGUAUACGGCAAGCGAGGCAACGAACGAUAAAGAGCAAGUGAUAAUAUUCUAAUGCGUCGCAUAGAGGCAGUGUCGCAGCUGUAAACGCAUUGUGUCCGUUUCACGGAGUUGCGCUUCAAUGGAAAGAGAGAGAAACAUAAAGGCAGAGGAGCACAGACAUUUUUGACUUCGUGACCACUAUUCAGCUUUAGCGGAUUCGUCAAUGUAAACUUGGACGACGACAGAAAAGCUACAGCAAAGAUUAUAGCCACGAGAAUGACGCAUUUUGUCUGCCAUUCAUGCGAAGUCUCGAGUGCAACUCAAUAAGAGCAUAAAUAAGUGAUAGCGACCAGUUAAACACCGGGAGGUGUGCUGAGCGUGCUCAAAACUUGGUGGGAAGAUGCGCGGCUAUUCAUGAGCAUACAAAAGUAAGCAUGCUCACGCUUAGGCGUGCCUUGCUUGAUGCGACGAACAAUGCCCAAUUAAUUAAUGCACAACGCGGUCGACCAACGCGUCAUGAUGAUUACAGAGCCGGCUUUUCUUCAUCCUCUCUCCAACGAGAUAACUUUGUCGAGAAGUAAGCUGAGAAAUGCAGACCAACUAAAGACAACGUUUCUCAUUGGACGGCGCUAAUUUUCUGCUAAAACAUCACUCGCGUCUAUCUGAGAGAGAUCGCGGAAGAUAGCAAAGCUCAUCAAAUCGUUAUGUAGAGUCAGCGUUAAUCAUCCUCGCACAAUAGGCGUACUCGGGUGAGACGAACGAUUUUCAAAUAAGACUGUUGGAGUGACGUUGCGACAUCACCACAAGGUGCCUCCUUCAAACAAGUCGACAAAGACGUCGAGAAGUCAAUGUACAGCACGAGGAGAGUGGGUACUGUUUUUUAUUAUUAUUUUAGAAAGUGGUUGUGAAAGACGAUCGAAGUGACGAAGAUAAUAUAAUGUAGGAGGGUGAAAGUGCCAUGACAAGGACGACUAUACCUGAUAUACCUCGAUACGCGGCUGCCGUGCGUGGGACAAGAGACACUUGCAGAGACCGCAAUUUCUUCUUUUGUUCUUCUUUGUUCUAUUGUGCCUUAUUUCGCGUUUCGCUUUUCCUUGUGACAAUCGUAGGCUCACAGCGUGCUGCAAAACCGUCUGCGGUGGAAGACGACAACACACAACUAUUUUUACAGGAGUCGGAGAGCUGUGUGCAUAUUCCGAAUAAAGAAGACAACAUUCAGCUCACGUGACCAAACGUUUGCCCAAAAGAGAUGUUGUGUUGCUUGGGUUUAAUCUCUCAGCCAUUCUCUCCUUUCUUUUUCUUUCGACCAAAGA